ACAUGUGCACGGUCAGUGAAUAAUAAAUAAUUAAAAAGAAAUAAAAAUGCCUCGAAGAAAAGUAGAUCCUGGUUUCAGUGAAGCUCGAUCAGAUAAUUUACCACGAGUUGAUGCUUUUAUGGUCGCAUCCUACUUAGCUACAAACUCCGAUUUUGUAUCAGCAGAAAUGCAAGGAGCAAAAGCUAACCUAUCUGGGAGAAAAUCAUAUGGAGAUGCUGCUAUUGAAUUCGUACAACUAAAACUUCAUGGAUCAGAAUGUACUCUUAAAUGUCUUAUUUGUCCUGAGCACAGAGUACACAAUAAAUCAUAUCGAGUGACUCUCGUUUUAGACAUUGUUGAGGAAGAGAUUUUGUCUAUCCAGUGUCAUGAUUGUGCCGCAUCGUCAGGUGGAUGCAAGCACUCGAUCGCUUUCAUAAUGUGGUUACACAGGAGAUCGGAAGAACCUUCACCGACAGAUAUUGAAUGUUAUUGGCGAAAAUCAGUUCUAUCUCAAGUUGGAUCAUCAAUAAAAUUUAUUAUGGUAAAAGAUUUUGCCUCUAAUAAAGAAGUUACUGCUGUGAAUAAACCUUUUAAUACAUUAGAAGAAUUUGUAAAAAAAACAAAUCAAAAAACUGUACAGAGUCAAAUUUUAAAAUACUUCAAUGAUGUAAAUAACGAGCAAAGUCUUUCGAUCCAUAAUUUAUUAGUAAAUUUUAUUAAUAAAGCAGGAACAUCUUAUGAGGAAUUUGUAACAUUCAGUAAAAGUCGAAUGUCGAAAGAUUUGUGUGAACGUAUUGAAAAAAUCACUCAGGAUCAAGCAAACUGUGAGCUCUGGUUUACAUUGCGAUACGGGCGAAUUACUGCAUCAAAAGCAUAUGAAGCAUCACGUUGUAAUACACCGGAUGGAGUUCUAGUGGAGUUGCUAGUUGGUGGUAAAAAAUUGCGGAGUACAAAAGCUAUGGAACGAGGCAAAGAAUUAGAAGCGAUGGUUUUACAACAAGUUGAACAGAAGAUGAAAAAACAGUUUAAAAAAUGUGGUUUAUUUUUAUCUGAAAAAUAUCCUUAUCUGGGAGCCUCGCCUGAUGCUAUUGAAGACGAAUUUGUUAUUGAAAUUAAAUGCCCAACGUCUGACAAAAGUGCUCGUACAUAUAUUGAUACUAAUAAUUAUGAUAAAGUAUCCAUGAAAUAUAUAACGCAAAUGCAAAUGCAAAUGCUUUUUGUNCUAUGGAACGAGGCAAAGAAUUAG